AUGUAUACAGAUUCGCUUAAUAUCAACUUCUGUAUUAUGUAUAGGUGGAGGACCUCCCUCAAAACCUUUAAGUGCUAUAGGGGAAACAGUACAAAUGGUGCUCGGGGAGAAUAACUCCAUUAUAAGUGGGAUUGACGGCGGCAUAGACUCGUCACACAUUCUUCAACUCCUGACAGAUGAAAAUGUUUGUUCUAUUCAGUUUGCACAAGAUGCAAGUACCAGCAAUGCAGCAUCAGCAUCAACUAGCAUUUUACCACUGUCCGUUGAGUUGUCAUCACCUGCUCCUACAUUGACAUGUCCAGAGCCUGUGAUAACCCAGAGCCUGAGGUCCCCAUUGUUGCCCCACACAAUAUCCAGGGCACCAAUAACGUCAAGAAAGACACCUCAAAGCACACAAGAUCUAAUUGGGGAGCUGACUGUUAAAAAGCUAAAAUUAGAGAUAGAGUAUUUUGAUUUGAAAGUAAAGACCCUCAAGCGUCAAUUGGAAGAAUGA